UCGCCCCGCAUCGCAGCCGCCCCGAUUGCCGCCGCCCGCUCGCCCGUUAUGUCCUCUGAGAAUCACCCCAUCGCCGCGGCCGCCCUGAAGCUGGCCAAAUCCGGCGGCAUUGAAGCCGUUCAGGAGUGGGAGCAGGACCGCUUCCACAACGCCCUGAACAACAUCUCCCACAAGAAGGCCGGGCUCCGCCUGAACGGCCUGCGCGAGUUCAUCGACCUCGUGCACUUCUCCCUGGAGCCGGGGCACCUGCUGCAGAAGUCCCCGCUGACCGUGGUCACCGAGCUGCAGGCGGCCAUCCGGCGGCUGUCCAAGAGCGAGAUGGCCACCGGGCUGCGCGCGGUGUCCGCCUUUGCCGUCGGGCUUGGCACCAUGAAUGACGAGAUCUUCCAAUACCUGCAGAGCUUCCUGACCGGGAUCCUGCAGCAGGCGGACCUGUCGGAGGCGGCCGCCGUGGCCGGGCUCCAGGCCCUGACCCUGGCCACGGUGUUCAUGUCCGAGGACAGCGACCAGCUGGUGGUCCUCUUGCGGCAGCUGGUGCAGGCGGUCAGCACCGCGGCCGACGCGGCCGGGCUCGAUGCCACCGUGGACAUGAUCGACAGCGGCGACGAUGAGGCCGACGCCUUGUCAUCCGGCGCCGGGCCCAGCGGGGAGUGGCUGCUGCCCGGUAAGUCGGCCGCGCGGCCGGCCGUGCGCGUGGCCGUCCUCCAGGCUCUGGCCUUUGCCGGGUCCUUCCACCCGGCUGGGGGCCGCGUUUUGCGGCCGCUGGCCCCGGGGCUCGUUCCCAUCCUGGCGGCCACCCUGCUGGAGGCGGAGGAGCAGCAGCAGCUGGACCUGAAGUCCGCCGCCGCCCUGGGGCUGGUGGCCCUGGUGGCCGGCACCCCGGAGGCCAACCACCUGACCGGGCGCUUUGGCCCGGGCCUGCUGGAGCAUCUGCCGCCGCUGGUGGCCACAUUGCAGGCGCUGACGCACUCGCGGCACCAGAGCCAGCAGCAAUUGGCCAGCUCCUACCGGGCCUUUGCCGACCUGCUGGAUGCCCUGCGCAUGGAGGAGUUCGAGCCGGAGGAGGUGAAUCUCGGCAGUGGCCAGGCCGACAUGGCCCCGCUGCCGUACUUGCUGUCCUCGUCGCGGGCCCGCUGCCGGGAGCCCUACAUGCAGGAUAUCUUCCCGGGGCAGGCGCUGGACUUCCAGGUCCGCUUCAAUGUGGCCGUGCGCGGGCUCUUUGGCCUUGGGCCGGUGGUCGAUCGCCUGGUGGUCGGCCUGACGGAGGAGGAGAUCGACCGGAUGUUCAUGGACAAGCGCACCCUGCAGCUGGUGCGUGAGGAUGAUGCUCGCCAGCGUGCGCGCGACAUCGCCACCCAGCGCCGGACCAAGCACGACCUCGGGGAGUUCUAGUCGCGUGGGUGCAUGCACUUUCGUUGCCUGUCCGCGUAGACGUGUGCGUGUGUGUGUGUGUGUG